AUGGUUUGUCUUUCAUUAGAACAAGUUGAUGUUAUUCUUGGAAUGAAUUGGUUGGAGUUAAACCAUGUGUUGACCAAUUAUUUUGAUAAGUCGAUGCAGUUUCCUGAAUCCAAAGAGGAUGUGGAUUCGAGAUUCCUGUCUGUUGGUCCAGUUGGGAUGUCUUUGAGGGAGAACGAUAAGGUAUUGUUGAGAUUUUCUUCUCGAAGAGUAAGGAGAAAUGUGACGGCUAAUAUUUGCGACUUGGCUCGAGAGCAUGAAUAUGAGUUCAACGAAGGUGAAGAGUUGAUGUUUGUAUCUACUAAGAAAGUGAGAGAGUCCGUGAAGGAUGGGGCACAAUUGUUUGUGAUGUUAGCUUCGAUGGAAGCCACGGGCAAUGGAGUAGUUCGUAAUCUUCUUGCAGUGUGUGAGUUUCCGGAAGUGUUUCCUAAAGACAUCAGUGAUUUACCACCAGAGGAAGAGAUUGAGUUUACUAUUGACUUGGUACCCAAUACUAGUCAUGUUUCUAUAGCUUUGUACAAAAUGUUUGCUUCUGAGUUGUGCGAGCUAAAGAAAAAGUUGGAAGAGUUACUUGAGAAGAGACUUUUUCGACCAAGUGUUUCUCCUUGA